AUGUUGCCAGCUGAUCUUUCCUCCUUAAAAGUAGUCGAUUUACGUGCCGAACUCAGUGACCGCAACUUAUCAACCAAAGGCAAGAAAGAUGAAUUAAUUGAGCGUUUACAAGCAGCGUUAGAAAAGCCCGACCAAGAGACAACAGAGGAGGUUCAAACCAUAGUACCAGCCGUGGAAGAGUCACAACCAGUGCUCGAAACAUCAGAAGCGCCCUUGGCGGAAGUCAUUGCUCAACAGGAAGAUACAUCUGUUGUCCAAAAGACUGAAACAGUGGUCUCUAAUGUGACGGAAUCCAUCGUGCAAGAAAAUAGCGCUUUACCAGUCAUUGAAUCGACCUCUAUCGAAGAGAAAGUGGAAGAGGAAACCCAAUCUCCCAUUGCCGAAAAGAUAGAGUCAACAGUCGAGAAGACCGAGACACUUAUUGAAUUACCCGCUGCUAGCGCCACACCUGUUCCUCAAACAGCCACUGUCGAAGCACCCGUAGCUCAAACAACCAUUGCCGAAGCACCUGUUACUCAAACAGCUACUGUCGAAGCACCCGUUGCUCAAACAACUACUGUUGAAACACCUAAUGCCAAAGCACCUGUUGUCGAAGCAAAACCAGUAACCGAGUCACCCAAGGAAAGUAUGGAUACUGAUAAGAACGCAAAGCGAAGACGUUCGAUUGAGCCUGACAACACACAAGAAAAACGCCCAAAGGUCUCUUUUGAUAGCUCAGCUUUAUACGUAAAGGGAUUUGUUCGUCCUUUAAUCAUUCGAUCCGUUCAAGAGCUUUUUGGAAGCUACGGCACUGUUAAGCGUUUCUGGAUGGAUUCGAUCAAGACACAUUGUUAUGUGACUUACGAAACAGUAGAAGAGGCAAAGGCAGCGUAUGAGCAUGUAAACGGUAUUGUAUUCCCUAAAGACACAGGUAAAGUAUUGAGCGUAGGUGGAUUAAGCCCCGAACAAGUGGACGAAUUGAUCGAGUUUGAACAGUCAGCUGCAGAAAGACGUAUUCGUGUGGAUUGGGAGGCUACAGUGGAGAAGGUGAAAUCAGGCCAAAGUUUGCCCGCUUCCUCUACCAAUGAGAAUACGAGAAAACCUCGUUCCAUUGGCAUAGGCCAAAUCGCAAAACAAUUGGCACAAGCUGCUGAACCUGUGAUUGCUCCUUCUAGACAAGUGGAGAUCGUACGACCACCUAAAGAGCGUACAUUAGAAGACUUGUUUUGCAAAACCAAGACACUUCCUCAUCUUUAUUAUCUUCCUGUUUCCGAAGAGGAAGCCAAGGCCAAACUGAGUCAAAUUCAAAGCUUAUAA